AUGUCAAACAAUCCAGGUGAUGCUGCCUCUGCUCGUUCCCUACAUCCAGCCGAUGAAGAGGCAGGUCUUGUGAUAGCGCCUUCUCCGACCAAUAGUUCACACCCUGGCCAGCCCACUGUAAAAGCUAGGGGGAAUAGCGUCACAAAAGAAUCCGUCUCUGCCACUGAUCCACCUGAACCCGACGCCAGUGAAUAUGAUGCAUCUUCAAGACCCGUUUCAAUGAGUCACCUUUCAACCGCCGUCUUUUGUGCAGGUAUGGGUACUUUGGUCAGUUGGGCGCACCUCACCAUGGGGUCAGAGAUUCCAACUGAUUGGGAAGAAGGAAAACGAUAUGCUGCAAGAGUCCUUGCCGUUGGAAUGUUUUACCGACUCGCCGUUUAUCACGCCAAGCAAAGCGGGCUUUUCACGCGUAACAGGACUUUCCAAACUGACGAGGAGAUGAUGUUACCCUCAAACAAUGGACCAGCCACGUCACAAGGUGGGAGCCUAGGUCAGUAUGACAGCUUGGAGAUCACAACCCCAAUCCGUACAGACCAGCAACCACACCCUCAUGACACCGGUCGAUCUGGAGGCUAUCCCACCGCGGAGAAUUGUCUCUGA